AUGUUCCAGCCCACCCCCAAGCGCUGCUUCACCAUCGAGUCGCUGGUGGCCAAAGACAGCCCUGCCUUGCCCGCCUCCCGCGCCGAGGACCCCAUCCGGCCGGCGGCGCUCAGCUAUGCCAACUCCAGCCCCAUGAACCCUUUCCUCAACGGCUUCCACUCGGGCGGCCGCGGGGUGUACUCCAACCCGGACUUGGUGUUCGCCGAGGCCGUCGCGCACCCGCCCAACCCGGCCGCCGUGCCGGUCCACCCGGUGCCGCCGCCCCACGCCCUGGCCGCCCACCCGCUGCCUUCGUCGCACUCGCCGCACCCGCUCUUCGCCUCGCAGCAAAGGGACCCGUCCACCUUCUACCCCUGGCUAAUACACCGGUACAGAUAUCUGGGCCAUCGGUUCCAAGGAAAUGAAACUAGUCCGGAGAGCUUCCUCUUGCACAAUGCACUAGCCAGGAAACCUAAACGGAUCCGCACCGCCUUUUCCCCAUCCCAGUUACUGAGACUGGAGCACGCUUUUGAGAAAAAUCACUACGUGGUAGGAGCAGAGAGAAAGCAACUGGCGCAUAGCCUCAGCCUCACGGAAACUCAGGUAAAAGUUUGGUUUCAGAAUCGAAGGACAAAGUUCAAGCGGCAGAAGUUGGAAGAAGAAGGUUCGGACUCCCAGCAGAAGAAAAAAGGGACUCAUCAUAUUAACCGGUGGAGGAUCGCCACCAAACAAGCCAGCCCCGAAGAGAUCGACGUCACGUCAGACGAUUAAA